AGCGACCUGAGACUCAGCUCCCACCCACACACAACAUGUGACCCGAGUCUCUCCUCUAGCAGUGAUGCCUGCCUUCAGCCCCCCUGCACCUCUGCUGUGUGUCCUGCUGUGUGUGUCAGUGGCUCUGCAGCGUUCUGACCUCCGCCUGGCCUACGUGACCCACAACAGCUUUUUCUACUACUCCUGCAGCCAGAAUCCACAACCCUGCAGCAUUGCAUCACUAACAGACUGCAGAUGCAAAGACAUCCAGCUUGCCAUGUUGCACCGCCCCCAGUCACACUCGUCUCCUGUUUUCCGGAUGAGGCGUUUAACAGUUUGGUACACAUCGCCUUCAAACACUGCACGUCUGCUCAACAACUCUGAGGUGAGGCAUCUCACCCUGGUCCACUGUGGUCCUGGGGGGUCCAGAGAGACAACAUCGCACGGAUCAGUUCCCCAGGAAGGACAUUUUGCUGUGCAACACCUGGAGAGGCUGACAGUGGUGAACCUGCCACAGAGGCUGGCUCCAGAUGCAAAUUGGGCCAAAAACACAGACUCAAAUACUGACCCACAGAGAGAUUAUGGUCCUCACUUAGACACAAAUAGAUACAACAGAGACAGAGAAACAAACCUGGACCUGAUUGAAGACACAUACAGAAAUUCAGAAGCCCCAUCCUUAGAUUGGUCCUCACCCCAGAUCCAAGACAUCUUCCUGGGCAGGGAGCUCGGAGCAGCGUAUCACGAACAGGCAAGACUAGGAAUAAUCCACAACUCUGUACUGGAGUGGGAAGCAUCUCUCAAAGUCUACACAGUCCAAACACAUAUAGACAGCGACGGAGUCCUGCCCUUUCCUGACCUCCACCUGCCCAAGUUACCAGAGACAUCCGUCAUAUAUGUCAGCUUUGUGUAUUGACACAAAGUGACUUUUUGUGCUGUACAGAAGGGACCAGAAGGAGAAAGAUGCUCCAAGAUACCUAACUUUUGGUUAAAGAAUAAUCCUUUCAUCCUUUUAAUAUGUUAUGUAAAACAGUCAUUAGUUUUUAGAUUAUGUUACCAGUGAAGUUACAUUCCUGUGUGUAUUUCUACGAGCUCACAUUUGGGAGGAAAAACAAAUCUUUUUAAUACAGUACAAAGCAAAAGUUUGAGGACCUUUUGAGAAUUUGGAAUUAAAGUCUUAAGUUCACUAUUGGAAAGGUACAGUACGAUACGACACGACACGAGACGAUACGAUAAGAUACGAUACGAUACGAUACGAUACGAUACGAUACGAUGCGAUACGAUACGAUACGACACGGUACAAUAUGGCUUGGUAACAAGUCUGAGUAUGAUCUUGUUGUGAACUACUGAAAGGAGUGUGCCUCGGGUUGGGAAAUAGUCAAAUUCUGAUUUGAUUAUACAUUUUAGUUUUGUGUUUCACAGAUAGGCUGCUGAACAAGGCUGCACUACUAUACAGCAUGACACUCUGAAUAACUCAUUUGAAAAAGAGAAAAAUAAUCUGGCUACCGGCUCCAAAAGAUCAAAGGCUAUGAAGAAAGUCAAUGAGCUGCUGUAUCUUCUUACAAAUAAAUCCUAUAUGAGGAUUAACUAUAACUAUACUAUAACUAUAAAACC